AUGGAUCCUCAAGAGGUAGAGUCGAGCGAUAGGAAGCUGAUAACCUAUGUCGCGGAACAACAUUGUGUCCUCUGCCGAAAUAAGGUCCCAAUGUGUAACGUUGAGUGCCGAGCAUAUGAUAUUAGAGACGACAUUGCAAAAUACUUGCCAUGGGAGACGACGGUACUGGCUUUAGGCUUCAUGGACGCUAGAAUUAGUCGGAAACCGGACCUCCUCCCUCAUGUCUUCUGUUUCGAGAUCGAUAUAGUUUAUCUAGAUGCCGUUUAUCAAACAGAUCGGGAUAUACCCAUUGGUUUCGAACCUUUCAAAUCUUCAAACACUGCUGGGCUUGUUUUCUUCAUACAUUCCGCGUGCUGGAAACUCGCCCAAAUGGUAGAGAAAAAGCCUUCACGCGAUGACCUAUACAAUCUUGGGCUGCAACUAAGUGAAACCAUGCCCAGGGACUGCUUGAAGGCGCCAAAUCCGUGGCACCUGGCCUCAUUUGCAAGCGGUAGCAAUAUUGUCGACUCAGAAUGGAAAUCAUUGCUCUUGAAAUGUGCUCAGCUGCCCGUCGAACUACAGGGGAAAAUCUUAAACUACGCUAAUGUAGAUAAAGCUGCAUUUUCAUUGUUGACAGGCGUCACGACAUGUUCGCUUGGUCGUCUUUCAUCUUCCACAGUAAUUCCGCAUCCUGACCGCGCCCCAGACCUCGUACCCGAUUCCAAUACAAACGCUACUCAUCUCUGUGCCUCUUUCACCAAUAUAUUCGGGGUUGACUACUUGUGCCAUGUCGAAAUUCUCAACGCGCCAGUUGGUUGUGAUGCUUUGAACCGUCGAUGUGCUUGUAUUGAAGCCAACACGAACCAAAUCUGCAAAAUUGAAUUCAUCCUUGGCCUAAUCGGCAUAUCGGCUGUCAGAUUCUAUUUUCUUGACGAAUCCAAAUCCUCUUGGUUGGGAAGCACAGCGCAGGGAUGGCGCUGCGGACCACUCAAUGUCACGCUCCAGGACAUCAGUCUUUUAAAGAAUGGCCACAAGAGUGUUCUCAAGCAACUAGCCGAUAUAUAUAAUCGUCACUUCAGCCGCGUGAGGGAUUCAAAAGAGCUACCAAUACCACUCCUUUGGAACGUUGCCCGGGACUUACCUGGCUCGGGAGAAUCAUUUGUCGGCGACAUGUACGAAGGACCAUACUUCAAGGUGCUAAAAGAUUUUACGCCGCAAGCGAUGUGUAGUUACUUGCCUUUGCGAGAAAAUGGCAGUUGCGUUAAGGGCAUAACAGUGUAUGCUUGCGACAAAGGCACUAACGGCAUUAUUGUUCAUAAGAGGAGCUCUGACGUGGCAAUUUCAGUAUCUGGCCGACAAGGGCUACCGACAUCUUUUUAUUUUCAAGAAGGCGAGGAGAUUGUAACACUAGGUUUGAUGGCUGUCGACACUUUCGAUCAGCAUGGCCCGUAUCUUUUGCUCAGAACAAAUCGACAGCGUCUUGUAUAUUUCGGGCCUCCGUUGCUGCUCCGAGAGGAAGGUGCCAGAUACUUGUCCUUGACACCUAAUCGCUUGAAGCAGGGAUGCACCGUUGCAGGCAUGAUAGUGAAUACUCUGCUGAUGGCAAAGGAAAGCUUUACAAUGUUCGGAGUUCACUGCGAGCCCAGGGAUAACUCUGGUACAACAGGGGAAAUAACGCCAUUGUCUGAGCGGCAAGUCUCUCUACCGGCGGUGCCACAGAUAGUGUUUGAAAGCUGGUGGUGUGAUGAAGGAAGGGCAACGACAGCGAAGCUGAGUCAAAUAAAGCAGCUGAGCGUUCAAAAAACGCAUGUUGUCGAUGGAAAGCCCGAAUUCGGCCUCCGUUUUGCUGGAUUAUUGAUCCAUCAUACUGAUGAGACGAUCGAGGCUCUUGGACGUUGGGAUGGCUCUUUAACCGUACCGUCUGAGAUUAUUUACGAUUCUGAGAUUGAUGGGGAACUUUAUCGCCUAGUCUUCCAUCUGACUUUCAAAAGGGAUUUGUACAAUGGCACUGAGACCUCUUACUACAUGUCUAACAUCGUCGCACAUUCUAGCCGUCCUCGAAGACAGCAAGUAGUUCAAGCACCGCAAUUUGUGCAAGAACAACCAGAGCCUGAAGAACUGGAACCCGAAGAUAUCCAAGAAAACGCACAUCCAGCCGAAAAAACACUCGAUUGCGAUACAUGCUCGGAGCAGCCAUUGGUUACCUGGUGCUUUACUGAAAAGGUUGACCACAUUGAAGUUUGCUCCGGCGAAACGAUGGACUUCGAGCUGCAAGAGUAUAGGGGGGCAUCAAAGCUAUGCAAGGUAGAGUGA